UCAAGGUUUAUACACAUCAUUGGCCAUCGACACAGUUGACGUCAAAUGAUUCGUCAAUGAUCUUGGCGACAAACAGAGUUGAGGAGGCUGUAUCAUUGGGCUCUGUGAGCUGAAGGAGAGGACCCUUUACCCAAGAGCUACCGGCUAUUAGCUACCGCUAGCUAGAUUACUAUCGCCAUGGAGUUGGCUCACAGUCUACUUCUGAACGAGGAAGCCCUAGCUCAGAUCACUGAGGCUAAGAGACCCGUAUUCAUCUUCGAAUGGCUCCGCUUCCUGGACAAGGUUCUAGUGGCAGCAAACAAGGUGGAUGUGAAGGAGAAGCAGAAGAAGUUGGUUGAGCAGCUGACAGGGUUGAUCAGCAGUGCCCCUGGCCCUCCCACCAGGAAAUUGCUAGCUAAGAACCUGGCUACCCUCUACAGCAUAGGAGACACCUUCACCGUCUUCCAGACACUGGACAAGUGCAACGACAUCAUCAAGAGCAAGGAUGACACGCCCACCUACCUCCCCACCAAACUGUGAGCUUGUGCCUGUAUUGGGUCCUUCUAUGAGAAGAUGGGGCGGAUGCUGGGAAGCUCCUUCCCGGACACCAUCACCAACAUUGCUGAAAGCACUGAAGACUGCAGAUCUCAGGGUCGUAGUGAGAUUCUCCUGAGUCUACAGAAGGUGUUGAAUGGUCUUGGUGGAGCAGCAGCCUCUUGCCAUAGAGACAUCUAUAAGAUCACUCGCUCCCUACUCACAGACCGCUCCAUGGCUGUGCGCUGUGCCGUGGCUAAGUGUCUGCUAGAGCUGCAGAAUGAGGCUGUGUUCAUGUGGACCACCGAGCUGGAGAACCUAGCUACGCUGUGCUUCAAGGCCCUGGAAGGAUCGAACUAUGGAGUGAGGGUAGCCGUAUCCAAACUGCUAGGAACCAGCAUGGCCACGGCCCUGAUGCCCAAACAAGCUGCAGGCGUAUAUGCCGCGGCAUAUGUUGUAUUCGUGACCACGCUGGGCGGCCAGUGGCUGGAGAGGAACUUUGCCACGUUCCUGUCUCAUGUUCUGGACCUGGUCAGCCACCCGCGGGCCACCCAGACACACGUGGAGGCGGUGUACUCCCGUCGUUGUGUGUCGUUCAUGCUGCGCUCCACUCUGGGCGGGCUGCUAGGGGAGAAGGCCCAGAUCGCCGCAGGGAAAGACAUCUGCCAGGCUAUCAGUAAACAGAUGAGGGCUGUGGGUAAGGAGAUAGAUGGGGGGGAGGUGUCACGGUUCAGAGCUUUACAGAGUAAGUACACAUCCAUUUUAUUAUUAUUAUUAUUGCAUUUUAGUUCUCAUCAUUUAAGAUAUACUUCAUUUAAUUUGAUCCUAAUUUCUUAUGAUUUACUUUUGAGUCUUUUUCUUUCUUGUUUUCUCAUGAUUUGUACUUUUUUAAAAAGGGUAAAAUCCCAACUUCAACUUAGGUCCAGUCUCCCAUUGACUAAGUGGAAGUCGGGAUUCUCCAACACACAAGUCUUUCUUUAUCAUCUCUCAUUUUGGAGUCGGUGGGCUUUUGUUGUGUGGGCUGCUCGCUUUGCUCAUCCUCUGACUCCACUGAUCUCGCUCUCUUACCUGUGUCUCCUGGAGACGGUCUCCUCUGUGUUGCUCCACCCCAGCAUGGCGGCCCGUCUGGCGGCGGCCUGGUGUUUACGCUGCGUUGCCGUGGCGCUGCCCUAUCAGCUGACUCCCCUGCUGGAGCGCUGUGCGGAGCGGAUUAACAACCUGAAGAGCUCUCCAGAGGCCGUCAGCGGAUACAGCUUCGCCAUGGCUGCUCUGCUGGGCGGCGUGCACCAAUGUCCUCUGGGCGUACCGCAUUCCAAGGGAAAGCAGCGUAGCUUUUGUGCCCAAUCUGUCCUGAGUGCUGACAGAGGAUGUGUCCCGUCGGUCAUCAAGGUGCAUGGCACCCAUCUGAAGGCCAGUGCAGCCAUGGUGAGGCUGAGACUCUAUGACAUCUUGGCUCUACUGCCCCCGAAGACAUACGAAGGUAGUUUCAAUGCCCUGCUGAGAGAGCUGGUGGCGGAGUUCACUCUGACUGAUAACUCGGCCAACACGACCACCUCGUUGCUACGCUCCCUCUGUCACUAUGACGACAGUGUUCUGAUGGGGUCCUGGCUACAGGAGACUGACCACAAGUCCAUCGAGGACCAGCUCCAGCCCAACAGUGCGUCAGGCAGUGGCGCUCUAGAACACGACCCCUCCUCCAUCUACCUGAGGGUACCGAUGGGCGAGGCCAUGCCUGGACCCCUCCCCCUCGGCGUUUCUGUCAUCGACGCCUCCGUCGCUUGGAGUAGAGUGUGUUACCCUCAUGUCUCCUUUAAACAUAGGCUGCAGAUGCUGGACCACUUUGCAGAGUGUAUUAAACAGGCCAAGGGGGUCAGACAGCAGGCUGUCCAGCUCAAUAUCUUCACCGCCGUACUGAGCGCCCUCAAGGGUCUGGCAGAGAACAAGUCCACCCUGGGUCCUGAAGAGGUUCGUAAAUCCGCCCUGGCGCUGGUGAUGGGCGCUCUGGACAACCCAAACCCCAUCCUACGCUGUGCUGCCGGGGAGGCCUUGGGAAGGAUGGCUCAGGUGGUGGCCGAGGCCACCUUCAUUGCCCGCAUGGCCCAGUACAGCUUUGACAAACUGAGGUCAGCCCGUGACGUGGUCUCCAGAACAGGCCACUCCCUGGCUCUGGGCUGUCUGCACAGAUACGUAGGAGGGAUUGGUUCAGGACAGCACCUCAAAACUAGCGUCAGCAUCCUAUUGGCCCUAGCCCAGGAUGGAACCUCCCACGAGGUGCAGACGUGGGCUCUCCACUCCUUGGCUCUCAUCGUAGACUCCAGUGGUCCUAUGUAUCGAGGUUAUGUGGAGCCCACCCUUUCCCUGGUCCUGACCCUGCUCCUAACCGUCCCGCCGUCACACACUGAGGUACACCAGUGUCUGGGACGAUGCCUGGGGGCGCUCAUCACCACCGUCGGACCCGAGCUACAGGGAAAACGGUUGCAUUGGGCCUUUAAUGUGUCAUGUAUGCCUGUUUUUCCUGUGUGGGACGUUGAAGUAUUCCUUCCUUCCUGUCCAGAGGCUGGAGGAGGGGUUGUGGCACCGGUAGAUCUGGGUAAAGAAGAGGACGACUCGGAGAAGCAGGAUGAGAUCGAUGAUGACAUCAUGUUUACGGCGCUGGGAGAGGAUAAUAACGCCAAGCCGUCUGUGGCGCCGCGCUGGGUGACCCGUGUGUUCGCCGCAGACUGUCUGUGUCGUAUCAUACUGCUGUGUGAGAACGCAGACAAGAGCCACUUUGACCUGGCCGGCGCCCGCUCUGCUAAGGCCAAGAACCCUAAAG